AUUUUCCAGACGGCGCGUUAACGUCAUUUCUGCACGCGACGAGAUCGCCCACGCAUUCUAAUACGUGGCAUGCGCAAACGGGGAAGUAUAACCCAACGCUCGACAGACGCCAGCCCUGGAAAGCAUUGUUCUGGACUUUUGACGAGCCGGCCUUAAGCGAAGGAGCUGGGAUUGGAAAGGACUCCCGUUUUGAGGAGUCGAUGUCGAUACUGGCUGCGUAAUAAUCGCAGCAAUCGCCGCAAUCGCCGCAAUCGCAGCGCACUGCAGUAAUGCCCCGGUGCCAAUCGUCAGUAACAAGGCCCCCGGUGUUGUAGUGCCAGACAUUAAGCGGCACAGAGCGGACGGCUCAAGAUGAACGUCCAAGAUGCCGUCGAUGCCUCGGAGCAUUAUGAGGUGUACAACACCGACGACAUACCGUCGCUGUGCACCAUCAUCAUCGACACCAACCCACGCGCAUGGGCCGCCCUAAAUGAAGUGCUCCCUGUAUCCAAGGCGAUAGCGAAUAUACUGGUCUUUGUCAACACCCACCUCGCUUUCAGCAAUUCGAACCAGGUCGCCCUCAUUGCCGCCCAUAGCAACCGCGCAGUCUGGCUCUACCCAACGCCACCAAAACAGGCGGCCCCUCGGGAUGUUGACAUGCAAGAUGCUAGCAGCAACGCCAGCAAAGCCUCCUCGGCGAACAAAUACCCGCAGUUCGCCCAGAUAGAAAAGUCCCUCCUCACCUCACUCCGUGCCCUGAUCGACGACACCACCGAUGCCGACCUCUCCACGACGACGCCUCAGAUAUCCGGCGCCCUCACGCUCGCCCUCGCCCACAUCAACAAGACCGCCCUCUCCUUCAGCGCCUCCGCCACCGCCGCCGCCGCGCACGCCGCCGCCACGACCGGCACCGCCGUGACCGCAGGCGCCACCGUCGGCCCCGCGCCCGUGGCGAGCACGUCCACGAGCAGCGGCGGCCUCGCGGGCCUGCACGCGCGCAUCCUGAUCAUCUCGGUCAGCGACAGCGCGCCCGCGCAGUACAUCCCCACCAUGAACGCCGUCUUCGCCGCGGCCCACGCCCGCGUCGCCAUCGACACCCUCGCCCUGCGCGGCAGCGCCACCUUCCUCGAGCAGGCCAGCUUCAUCACGCGGGGCACCUUCGUCCGCGCGGCGGAGCCCCGCGGCCUGCUGCAGUACCUCAUGUUCGGCUUCGGCAGCGGCUCGGCCCCUUCCCACCCUUCCGGCGGCGCCGACCCGGGCAAGGGCCCCGCCGCCCCCAAGACGACGGCCGCGUCCGUCCCCGGCGGCGGCCCCGGCGGGCGGCGGAAGACGGGCAGGCUCGGCCUCGGCGCCAGCGUGGCCGACCUCCUGCUCACCCCCAGCGCCGACGCGGUCGACUUCCGCGCCGCCUGCUUCUGCCACCGCAACGUCAUCGACACCGGCUACGUCUGCUCCGUCUGCCUGAGCAUCUUCUGCGAGGUGCCCCCCGGCGGGGAGUGCCUGACGUGUGGGACGGUGUUGGCGUUGGGCGACUAUGGGAAGUGCCCAGUGGUGUCGGCGGGCGGGCGGCUGGGAGGCGGUGCGAACGCCGCCAGCACUUCCGGAGCUGCUGGCGGCUCAAUGGCUGAGGGCAGGAAGGAGAAGAGGAAGGUUGGGCCCAAUGGGGAAAUCUGAGGGAAAUGUGUUUUGUUGACUGUUUGAAGGGAUGGAGAAUUUCAGGGGUUUCUGGCUGAUUUGUGGCGAGAAACAUUCCUUUUUUUUAUUUUAUUUCAACUUUUGCAGUUGUAGACCAUGGCGUCCUCGGGGCAUACAAAAUCGUCUGGGUAGGCAUGGCGUUAGGGAAGAGCAAAGCAAAGCAGUCGGACGUAUUGCGAAAAACAUUGAGCCGUGUCCCACAGAUCCCUUGAACUUGUCAAACUACUUUGUUAGGUUUUGCUU